CAAAAUUGCAACGCGGCGGAUGAGCGGGCCGUCAUCAAAAGUUGUCAAUUUUAUUUGAGAUGCGCACAUCGCGACGCGUCUUUGUUCAAAUCAGUAUAACAAUAAUGCCAAUUCUCGGCAUGAUGCAACCCUCUUUCUUCCAACCGUCAUCAUCUCCACCUCCCUCACGCCCGUCCGCACUUUUACUCGCAUCGACAGGAUCGAUACUACUCACGAGUGCCACUUAUUUAACAUUCUUUUUACGACUCCAAUCCCUUUGCCCGCUAGCGGACAUUCGGACAUUCUCUUUAAUUCUCAAACAUUUGAUCUCGAAGAACUAGAGUCAUGUUUAGUUACAGCAGACCUUCAAGAAACGCCAAUGAAGUUGUUUUGCAUCUAACUCCAAAUCAACGAGCCACACCGUCUGUUCCCUUCGAGUUACAGGGUCAAAUUUCUGCCGACAAAUGGGAAUUGCGCAUAGAUGCCAUAAAAAGCGUAGCAGGUCGUUAUUCCAAGCCAGUAUUGGAACGUGUUUGGUUGAUAGUGGGAUUACUGUCUACUUUCACUCUUUCGUUGCUUCUCUAUCAACUCGUACUUUUAAGGUUCUUUGUUCGAGGGGACGAAUCAAAGCGAUCAGAACGACAAACCCAGGCUGCCGCGAUUUCCAUCGGUAUUUUUGCUGGUUUAGUCCUUCUAGUUGUAGUGCCAAUGCUGAUUUGGAAAUACAUGGGCAGCAGGGCAAUUACAACGAUGCUUCAAAAAUGGGGACAGGCGGAUCGCGCACAGUUCAAUCAACAUGCCUGCGUGUGGAAAGCUAGCUCGCCCGGAGUGUUCCGAACUGCAUUGACGUUGAAGAUAACGUUACCGUCUGCCCCAGCGCCCACAGCCUUUCACCCUGACGCGUAUCUCCCAUCUUACAUCAAUGGUCCUCACGAUGAUGGGGCGUACUUCUAUCCCUAUCAUAGAACAGAGCCUGGUUUGCCUCACAUGAGCGUAAUCGGCAAUGUACCCAUUCGCAUUGACGCUGAGAAGGGUGGGUUCGAAGAAGUGCGGAUUUGAGUCCACAAUGCCUACUGGUUAGGCCAUCAUGAUAUUUUAGAUUACGGAUCCGAUGUUAUGUCAAGGUUUUUAUCAUUUAUGAGUAUUAGGAGUAGGAAGUUGGUAUAUUUUCCGGUAAUCAUCUACCCUCAUUGGUGUGAAUUGACCUUCUACUCGGUCCCGGACAAAUGAUUUCAGCGUUAAAAACGUUAUGUACUGG